AUGCAUACAAGAGAUGAAUGUGAAGGACCGCAGCUAUCGAUCGUGAAUCCGUUGGAUGUGUUGAGACAACGACUUCUACUGGAAUUGGCCCGAAGAAAGAUGAAGGAGAAUCAGGACCAGAUCCAGGCCAACGCUGAGAUACUCAAGAAGAUUGGCAAACGGAGUGUCUCGUCAUUUGUUGGAAUCAUUCCUCAAAACCCAAGAACUAGCUCUCAGUCGACGCCACCACUCAUUUUC